AUGCAAGUUUCCAAGUCAAGAAGAUCAUUUUAUCUCCAAGUGUUAGUUCUCGCAGCGCGCAGAACGAAGCUUCGGAAGUUUGGCCGCGCGCGGAGGAGUUCCCGACGUCCAAAAGUUACGAUCUUGAUAUGGAAAGAUAGAUACUUGAGUCAUGCAUCACGUCGAAGUGGAAUGAAGCCAUUUGGAUCAACUAUGAGGCCUAGACUUAUUUUCUACCGAGACAUGUCCGGUAAGCGAGUAAACGAAGCCCAUGGAGGAUUUGGAGUGUCUAAUGGCCCGAGCAGCAGCGCCAAAGGCCUUGAUCGAAUAGAGAAGAGGCCUGGCUAA